CUUGAUUAUUCUUUUUUCAAAGAGCCAAUUCCCCUCUUCUUAUGUUACCUACAAGACAUGACAACCCAACCUCUCUCUCCGUCAAGAACAACAAUUUCACAACUACAAAUGACUCAUGUUGAAGAGAAGAUCAUCAUAGAACAAGUUAAGGAUACGCAUAAUCCGAAUGGUGGCAUAGAUGUUGAUGCAAAUUGUCUUCUUAAGUUUGUGGAGGACAUUUUCAAUUUCAAUGCGGUUAAUCGAGAAGCAAUGCAAGACAAGUUACAGUUGCAAGAGCACAUCCAGAAGGAGAUUUCAUUUAUUGUUUUGCAACUCUCUUUCGUGAUAGACUUCACUUGUGUAAGCUAUGAUGAUAGUCACUCAAUUGCCAUUUAUCUACUAAGUUUGUUGUCAAAGUAUAUGUGGCAUGCUAAGGGAGUAAUGUUACUCGCAUGUUUUGCGAUCAUCCGAGGAAAAUUUAAAGUUGCCUCACAAUCAUGCCAUCAGAAAGGAUUAUCCUAUAACAUGACUGCUCUACGAAAGAGUGUAAACUCAAUGCUAUCUAUUGAGAAUGAAAUUAUUUUGAAUGACUCAAUAAAGUCCAUGUUUGAUCUCACCAAGCUCAUGGUUGAGCUUCGACAUUCAUCAUCAAUGUUUUUGGCGAACUACUGGAUCGCAAGAAGUAUUGUUGCUUACGCUCACCUCCUUAUUUUGGGCCUCAAGCCACAAAAUCAGAUCAUGAGCGAAGUGUCCAAUGUAUCCACCAAAAUCAAAGAGAUUCUGGAUUCCAGCCUCCCACUACUAGAGGCAAAAAGGACUGAACAAAAUUAUCAAGCAUUGUUACAUGCGUUUGAUAAUUCUUCAAAUAUCUUGGACAUUCUUAAAUUGAUAUUCAAUGUCAAAAAUAGUAAUGAAAAGCCAAUUUUGAACAAAAGUAUUAUCACGAGAUGGUCAUAUUCAACGGGAUUAGAUGAGUUUGAAGGGGAGGGAGUGCUACUACUAAUAUCAUCCGGCAAACAGUUCCCCUAUUAUGCAUAUAAUGAGCCCAGAGGAGUAAAGAUAAUUUGGGUUCCAAUUAUAAAUGAUCUGAAUGAGCAAGUACAAAGGCAUCAUGUUUUGUGCCACUAUUUUUGUGUAUUGAAUACACAAAAAUGGAUUGCACCAGAAUUUAUAAGAUUUCUUAAAGACAAGUGCUCUUCAACUUUUCAAGUUGGGGGAGACCCUAUUAUCAUUUCAUUGGAUAAACGGGGAAGAUUGGUUCAUUCUAAUGCACUUCACAUGAGAUUCGUAUGGGGAGAUCAACUUUCUGAAUUGAGAACAAUGAGAUCAGGUGGUACAAUCCUUUCAUUAGAAAAUGAGUUGAGGGAAAGGACUUCUGGUGCUGACCGUGUGAUUGGUGACAUUGACAACCAAAUUCAUAAUUUUGCGAGAGAGGUCCGCAAAAUGAUCAAAGAUUGGAUUGACGACAUCGAGAUCAAGAUGAAAAGUUCGUUUCGUUCAUUCAACUACACGCGUGAGAGGGAACAAGAGCUUUGGCUUAAAGAAUCUUGGAAUCUUAAGCUUGUAGUAGGAACGACUCGCAAAUGGGAUUUCCAAAAGAGGCUAAACUCGUGGAUUGAUGAUGAUGAUGAAAAGUACAUUUUCUUGUGCGGAGGCAAUAACAUUAAACGAGUUCUAGAAUUUGUACUUAAGGUACAAGAAAUUCGUUCCAAAUUCCAAAUAAAUAUGAACAUUGCAUACGUUGGAAGAAGAGGAAGAAAAAUGGUUAAAGAGGUGAGUAGAGCAUGUGAUUAUGAAUUUGAACCUUAUGAUAUUAAGUGGUUUUGGACACGACUUCAUAGUGUGACCUCAUCUAGGAUCCAAUAUUUGAGUAAGGCUGGAAUUGAUGAAAGAAGUGACGAAAUUUUGCAAAGACUUAGAAAAUUAUUAUCUUAUGGAGAUGAAUGUACAACAAUUGGAUCAUGGGCCUUGUUGGGCAAAGGGAAAAGAAUAAUUGGAUGUGAUAUGGGAGACAAAAUGUUACAAGUCUUGAAUGAGUAUGAGAAAUGGGAGAACAAUGCACAUGCCGAUGAUUUUGAACAAGCAUUCAAGGAUUGCUAUGAGAUGCUUAAUACUUCUUCUUCUUCUUCUUCUUCUUCUUCUUCUUCUUCUUCCAAUCAACACUCUUGUUGUGCUCUCAAUCACUCAUCUAAUGUGGAUAAAAUUCUAGAGGCUGUGCCCUGCCCUCAAUGUGACCACAACAUGCAUAAAUUUGUCACUUUCUCCUGCUGUCAUGGGCUGACCAAUUAUUUUUAUUAUCUACAAGAUGAAGACUACAAGAAAUAAUACUAGAGUUUAUGUUCCACUUGCACUGGCUGUUAGAGUUGUUGUGGUGCAUGGUCUUCAUCA